UAACAUUUCAAAGAAAUUUCAUUUGUGAUAUUAUUUCGGUCAUGACUGACAAUUUUUAGCUAUGGAAAAUAUAUGGUCAGUACUGACCAUGUAAAAUACAUAAGAGCGAACAGUAUAGAUGUAUAGUUCAUUCAGUAGGGAGGUAAGGAAAAUGGAGGCACCAUCAGGAAGUGGGGCGAGUAACGCCGAAACCUGGCCAUUGUUCGAUAAUAUGAGCUUUUUAAAACAAUAUAUACAGCCCAGACCAAAUGGUUGCACCACAAACAUUUUAGAUGAUAUGUUUUCGCAGGAGCUGUUGGAGCCAAUUAGUUUUAAAUGUUCUCAGACUAAUUUAUCGUCGCCUUCGGAGUUGUCGUUUUCAACUCCGAUCCGGAAAAGAGUAAAGAAAACAAACAGCGAUGACGACGGCUGCUUCAAAGAAGCGUGCGAGCUAUACAAAAGCAUGUGUGCAGAGAGGAGCAAAGGCAGCGAGGCGGUGAGGUCGUUUGGUGUUAUGUUGACCUCUAUCAUGAACGAUAAUAACAUAAAACAAAUGAAAGCAAUACAAGUUUUAACAAAUUCAUUAUUUGCUAUUAAAUCGGAACCCGAAUAAUUUUUUUUUUAUUUUUAAAUCAUUUGUUUGAUGUUUUAUACAUAUAUUGAAUUAAUAUGUAAAAAUGUUUAAAAGGCUUGUUACCUAGACGUAAGAAACAACGAUGUAUCUCAUUUUUCAAAAAUAGUUUUAAAAUGUUUAAAACGCUUGUUACCUAGACGUAAGAAACAACGAUGUAUCUCAUUUUUCAAAAAUAGUUUUAAAAUGUUUAAAACGCUUGUUACCUAGACGUAAGAAACAACAAUGUACCUCAUUUUUCAAAAAUAGUUUUAAGAAUGUAUUUGAAAAAAAAAAAUAAAACAAUUUGUUUUUAUAACUCUUUAAU